AUGCUGUUUCAAAUGACUGCCAAACAAAUACAACAGUUUCCACCAAUGGCAUCCCAAAUUCAACUAAAUAAUUUAAUUCAAACUCAUCGUGAUACUUUGCAAUGCGCUAAAAUGCUACAACGCGCGCUAAGUCUCGCACUAAUGAUUCAGCUUACAUUCUGUAGUGCCGUUUGGUGUCUCAUGGUGUUCUACAUUUUACUUAUGGGAUUCACGUUAAAGAUUCUAAAUGUAUUACUUCUACUAUUGCUUCUAACAUAUGAGACAUAUUCUUAUUGUCAAUUUGGAACAAAACUAACCACAAAGGCUAACCAAGUCCUUGAUGCUUUGGAACAACUUUCCUUAUAUGAUCAGACUGUGUUGAUACAAAAACAGAUUCUUUUCAUCAUACAACGGUCCCAAAAGCCCAUCGUUCUAACGGCUGGAAAAUUGUUCCCCGUCAACAUUGCCCAGUUUAGUGAAAUAGUGAAAAAGUCCUACUCCUUCUAUCUGGUUCUGAAGGAUGUUUUUUAA